AAUGCCAGUCUCGCACGGCAACUGUGGUCACGAGACUCAGCGUGCACUGAAUAUUUACCGCCAGUGUUUUGUGUUUCGAACCAAACUAAUUUCAUCCAACGGAUAAGUGGCUAUUCAUGGAUAUUGGAUAAUGGAUCAUACUUUUCUCUGUCCAAUAUUUUAGUGAACAGAAAAUAAAGCUGGAAUUUAUUCAAAGCGUUUUUUUUUUUGUGUAUCGCUAAUCCUUUUAUAUGCCAGUGAGAGUUUGUUAAUUGGAAAAACAAUAAAACAAAUCCAAAAUGAAAUGUGAUUGGAGUUUGACUGAUUAUCGUGAAGCAUAGAACAAAAAAUUGACUACUGUGGCGUCAUUCAAGGGAUGAAACUCAGUGAAGGCAACAGUUCCCUGCAGCCAAUCACUUGGGACUCUACAGCUCGAUGUCAUGUGGUACCUUAUUCUUUUCAUUUUGUGGUUGGGGUGGUCGUUGCCCUGCUGGCCAUUUUAGCCAUCUGUGGUAACAUCCUGGUGCUGUGUACCUACGGCAGGUAUGCCAGCCUAAGGACAUCUUCUAAUUUAUUCGUCAUCAACUUGACAGUUGCAGACAUGUUUAUGUCUUCCAUUGACUUUCCCAUCCUGAGUGCCAUGAGCUUCAACGGAUGCUGGAUGUUAGGGCUCACAGGUUGUCAAAUCUACGGGGUCUCCUCUGCCAUCUCAAGCCUGGUCAGUAUCAACACAUUGGCUAUGAUCUCAUUCGACCGUUACAUUGUGGUCGUUCAUAGGCUGAGUCCGCUUCACAGACUGGCCAAGUCCACAACAGGUACUAUAAUUGUGACUAUAUGGAUAUUAAGUAUCAUCUGGUCCGUCCUACCACUCACAGGCAUAGGCUCCUAUCGCCUUGAAGGAAUGGGGACAUCCUGCACUUUCAACUAUGUCGACAGGCGCCCUCCUCACCUGUGGUACUUUCUGACACUCGUCGCUUUCAAUUUCUUCAUACCGCUUGGCCUGAUCAUAUUCUCUUACUGGAGGAUUCUUAUCUCCAUCAGGCAGAUCAAGAAAGAGCUCAAGACGCUCCAGGGGGGCUGCAGUAUCACUCUGCUCCACAGGGUAGAGACACAGGCGGAAAUCAAGACUGCCAUCACCGCCCUGUUUAUCAUUGGCACAUUCUGCCUCGCAUGGACGCCCUACGUGGCCGUAGCGUUUCUGGGCCUCUUCGGACCCGAGGGUGUGAUUACGCCCCUGAUUUCCAUGUUUCCGAAUCUUUUGGCUAAAAUUUCCACCGCGGCCAACCCGAUCCUGUACUCCAUCGGCCACCCGGAAGUCAGGAAGAAAAUGAGGAAACUGUUGUUCGUGAGCCAUCGCGAGCCUAGCUGGAGACCGACUUCCGCAACAGUGGCGCAUCAUAGUCCAGCGCAGUCGCAAAUCUGUUUGUCGACACAUUUGUAAACAAAUGGAGCUCGGUAACUGAAUGGUAUGACGAAUAAACACUAAAGUCUUCUUAUUGGACCAAGUGAAUUCUUAGCAAAGUAGAAAAUGAACUCUGUCGAUGGGCUUUGCAGAUUUACGACAGUAAGAGGUGUCUAUAGAGUUUUAUGAAAAAAAAAUGGAAAUGGAAAGUGAAACUGAAUGAAGAAUGUUGACAUUUAAAAUCUCAUUAUUUAUUCAUUGGGAUGAUAUGAACUACAAAAUGCAUAAUGUCUUAAGACCUAUGAAAUAUAUAGAUACACAUUGUGAGUUUCUGAGCUAAUGAGAACAAAUUAAAGACGCUCACGUUAUUUACAUUCAGUGUAAAAAUAAAACUUUAGGGUUUUCGGGGAGAUAAUCAAAUUUCCCAAAUCGUCUUCAUUUAACAGAGUCAAUGUGAUACGAUCAAAUAUAAGCCAUGUCUUCAGGUUAUGCGUUUCAAUGUAUUCAAUUAAUACGUAAUCUUAAAUGAAAUGUUGUUACGUUAAUUGAAAUGCAAAUAGAAAUUAUUAUAAUGUAAUAGCAUUGCAUAUUAUUUCCAAUGUACACAGCAAACAUUCGCUUGAUCUCUCUCUCUCUCUCUCUCUUUCUUUAUAUAUAUAUAUAUAUAUUUGUUAAAGCUAGACAUUCGAGCUACAAACGUAUGAAGUAAACACAGCAACCAGUCCUAUACACAUGAAAUACAAUACCAACUAGACUAAUGUAUAUUAUAUUCCCAAGGGCUCUGAUUCGCUGACUGACAUAGCACUAUCCCACUUGCAUGGAUGAAAAAAUAAGAACAUUUAACCAGUUAUUAUUUUCUCGAUAGAAAUCGCAGUUGUUAAAUUUAGUGUAAAAUUGAUUCCUUAUUUGCAAUUUAGACCCAUUUUUUUAUGCCGACAUAUUUGUGCAUAUGGUAUGCAACAUUCUUUCGUUUUUUUAACCCACUAUUUAAACUUUCUUUGUGGGUGCGAAACUUGCUUUUGUAGACAUUGCAUAAUUUUUGUUUCCGCCACAUGAAGCUGACAUGAACUAAAUACGUGUUUUUGUGUGUACAAAUGUAGAAAACAAAAAGAGAUGUUGGUAUCAGUUCAUUGUUGUGUGUGUUGAGGACGGAGAUAAAAAAACAACAGAAUUCUUGAAUGAGAGAGCGUUACGAAACCAGAGUGACCAGAAAAACCACAACAGUAAAAGGGGUUUGACCUAAAGCUAUGAACUACUUACAUGUUGAAUGGAGAAGCUGAAGAGAACUCACGUGUCUAUUUCUGAUGUCUACGGGUAGUGACGGGGAAAGCUAAAAAAGUGAAAUUAGACUUCUCAGGAAAGAAUUAUGUUUGGGUCUGGGAGAUCAAUACAAACAAGCCGUUCUAAUUCAACCUAAAGAACUUUAAAUCAUGGGCCAAAAUCAUGUUAGGGGAGAAUUAAAAUGGGCGGGGGGGGGCCUCAGCCUUCAUAUUACGUGAGAGUUCGAUGCGAAGGAUGCAACUGUAAAGAUGGCUCACGCCGAAAAGCAUCAGGUGUAGCGUUAUAAAGCGGGCCGUGCCAAUGACAUGUAACAGAUUCUAAAAUUAAAGUUUUUAGGGGGUGGGGGGCAGGAUGUAUACAUUAAAAAAGACCAGCCCAAAAAAUAUUAGACAGCUUAUGUUCUAUUUCAAAAUAACUGAAAAACAGAAGUAUAGUUAGAUAGUGUAAGGAAAAUAAUUUGUUAAGGCGAAUAUUUGGAGAAGGGGGGGGGGAGGAAGAAAAGUAAUACUCACAAGUAAUAAGUAAGACAAAGAGUGACGGGAGUUAUACAAAAAUAAACAUUAUAUAGCCUGGGAUCAAAUCAACGGUCGUAGAAGGUGGGUAAUGGCGAAGAUACAUUCAAGAAACAAUUACAUUGUAAAGAAGUCUUUAAAUUAAUGCACGUAUAAUACUCUAAGAUGUACAUAUAGAUAUGCUAGAGUAAAAAAACAAAUAAAACAAAUUAUUUUUUUCCUCACUGAUUUCCUGGCCUCAAAUGAUACUUCAACAGGCACCACAUCGAAGUUGCUGAACAAACAAGUUAUCUCCCUUGCAUCACUUGCCGCUUCCGUUGUGUCCAGGUGCUAAUGAGAUUCAUGAAAUUUCCGCUCCAAAUUUAGAAAUGUCCGAAUCUGUUUUAUUUUUAGUGUCGAGCUUUUUUUGUGUUUCAAAUUUAUCUAGAGUUGCUUUUUGACACGUCCGGGUGGGAUAUAGAUAUUUGACACGUCCGGGUGGGAUAUAGAUAUUUGACACGUCCGGGUGGGAUAUAGAUAUUUGACACGUCCGGGUGGGAUAUAGAUAUUUGACACGUCCGGGUGGGAUAUAGAUAUUUGACACGUCCGGGUGGGAUAUAGAUAUUUGACACGUCCGGGUGGGAUAUAGAUAUUUGACACGUCCGGGUGGGAUAUAGAUAUUUGACACGUCCGGGUGGGAUAUAGAUAUUUGACACGUCCGGGUGGGAUAUAGAUAUUUGACACGUCCGGGUGGGAUAUAGAUAUUUGACACGUCCGGGUGGGAUAUAGAUAUUUGGCACGUCCGGGUGGGAUAUAGAUAUUUGGCACGUCCGGGUGGGAUAUAGAUAUUUGGCACGUCCGGGUGGGAUAUAGAUAUUUGACACGUCCGGGUGGGAUAUAGAUAUUUGACACGUCCGGGUGGGAUAUAGAUAUUUGACACGUCCGGGUGGGAUAUAGAUAUUUGACACGUCCGGGUGGGAUAUAGAUAUUUGACAUGUCUUGGUGAGAUAUAUAUAAAUAUAUAUAUAUAUAUAUAUAUAUAUAUAUAUAUAUAUAUAUAUAUAUAUAUAGAUAGAUAGAUAGAUAGAUAGAUAGAUAGAUAGAUAGAUAGAUAGAUAGAUAGAUAGAUAGAUAGAUAGAUAGAUAGAUAGAUAGAUAGAUAGAUAGAUAUCUGACACGUUUGGGUGGAAUAUAGAUCUAGAUUUUGGAACUACAACCUUCCAUUUUCACUUAAGGAAAAGAUAAAAACAAUUAUAUACAUAUGCACUGCUCGAAAAAUAAAUGAAUAAAAAAUUACAUUCUUAAAAUACCGAAGUUACGAAAAUUGUAACAAAUCUUGAUGCUUUAAACAUCUGGAAACUCAUUUGUUAACUGUUUGUUUUCUUUUAAGCUCUAGGAGACGACUAACAACAAAACACUUGAAUUUUUUUCCCACUUGUAUUGAUUAGAUAGUUGACAUAAGAUAAUUUGUAAUGGCCCAAUCAAACGGAAAAUCAUUUUGAAUACAAUUGACCAGUUCAGAGUAAGUACUGUAACAAUAAUAAUAUAGAUGCAAAACAACAUUCACACACGAAACACAGACACACCCACAACCAGCACUGAAUAAAUUAGAUUUCUAUCUACGUCUCGAUGACGACAGAUGACCUCCGACCGAAAGUGAGAUAAACGAGUUUUUAAAUCUUUUUGUUUUAGUCGUAAUGGAAAGGAGACGACCACUUCGAUCAGAUCAGUGGUUUAAUGGGUGCAGGUUUUGUCUUUAGGAAUCGUGUGUGUCUUAGAAAGGUAUCUUUCAUGAAAAAGUUUUUCAAGAGAUGGUAGCAGUGUUCGAGUGACAUACGAUGCUUUUUUAGUUAGUCUAUGUCUUUGUGCCAGUGAAGUAUUAUUAUACAAGCAGGUGAUGGCAAAGUCAAUGAGACUUCUGAUGAGUGCUGUAUAGAAAAGCUUAAUUAUUGUUUUGUCGAUUUUAAAUUUUCUUAGCUGUCUAAGAUAGAAGAGUCGUUGGUGAGUUUUGGUGCAAAGGUUUUAACAUUGUUCACUCCUGAUGGUUGUACCUUGGUAUUUAUAUUAUUGCUGUUGGUCUACGGUUUGUUUAUCUGAGUUUCUGAAAGGCGAUCUUUAUGUUUCCUCAAAUCUAUCACAACAUUUCUUUAGUUUUCUGAACAUUUCAAAUUAGAAAGUUGUCUUUACACCAUCGAUAAUUAUUUGAAUAUUAGAUGUUAUAAAGAGAACUAUUGUGUGACUAGUGUAAAUGGCCUACACUAAGUUGCUUUCAUUGGCUUGAUAUCGGGCCAGGUAUGUAACAAACGUGUACGUCUGUCCAAUGUCCGAUACAUUCCACCGACAAAUGGAACCAAAACAUUCGAAGAUAUUCAUAGCUAAUCGUUGUAGACAUUUUCUUAUUCAUACUAAAUUUAUGAAGACUGCAGACAUUUCUUUAUUUCUUUUAUUGUAAUGGUAUGAAUUGGUUGGAGUUAUGCCACAAUUUCAACAAGUAAUUUUUCUUAAGCUUUUUGAACCGGUGAGAAAGACUUAAAAACUUUCAGGGUGAAAUGUGGAACAAAUAAAAAUAAUACAUCUAGUACAUCUAGGAACACGUAAGUACAUCUAGUACAUCUAGAAACACGUAAGUACAUCUAGUACAUCGAAUACAUCUACUACAUACAGUACAUCUAGCUAGAUAUAGGUAGGCCUACAUCUAGUACAUCUAGGUACAUGUAGUACAUCUAGAUAUAUCUAGGUACAUGUAGGUACAUGUAGGUACAUGUAGGUACAUCUAGUUUAUCUAGGUACAUCUAGUACAUUUAGUACAUCUAGCUACAUAUAGGUAGACAUAGAUCUAGUACAUCUAGCUACAUAUAGGUAGACCUAGAUAUAGUACAUCUAGGUACAUAUAGGCACAUCUAGUCUUUUAGAUGCUGACUCAAAUUUCCAACAGAGAUAUAAAAGUUAAAUGAACAUAAUGAAGUGAUUAUUUUUUUUUCUUCAAGAUAGAGAUAUAGUUGUGUGCUGGUGAUAAAAACUAUAUAUAUAAAUAAGUACAAACAAAAUCGGCAUUAUUAUGUGCGAUGAUUGGCCCGUGAUUUGGCCACUAUACGAUAGUUGAGCCCUAUUGAAGUUGACAUAUACAGCUUGAUAAACUAUUUCAAAAUCUGUGUUUCUUGUUGUUUUUUUUCUUAUUAUUUUCUGUCGAACGUAAAAUGCCAUGUUGACUCUAGACCAUAUUUAUUACUAUAUUUUAACUUGUACAAUUUGCCUGCUCUUUCAAAACAGCAAAAUAUUUAUAUAUGUAUUUGUAUAUUCUACACCAUUAUAAGACUUACCAGAA